GGACCUGCAGGGGGCGCCGGCGUUCCUCCUCUUUUCCUUCAUUUACAAGCAGACAGGAAGAUGGCGGAGCGGAGCUGUGGGGACUGCAUCGGUUGAGCUGCUGUGGUUUUAAACGCAACAGAAGGGCACGCAGUCACCGUGGAAGCGGCCCACUUGAAGGAACAUCUCCGCCUGUAGGAGCGGGGCGAGGCUAAGCUUUUACCAGGUUUCUGUUCGUGUUUUUUCUCUAACCGAGAGGAGAGUGCCGAGCGAGGGGCAACGAAAACAAGUCGGACAUGAACGGGGAAACUGUAUGCAGUAGCCAUUCAGUCACCAUCUUUAGCUGCACCAAGUCCAUAUCAUCAGCUCAAGAUGAAAAGACCACCAUCAGGCUGACACAGGAGGGAAAGUGCUCUCCAGUUUUCUCCUUUCAGAAUGAUGCCCAGAAGCAGGAAGAAAGAAAGACAACGAAUGCCAUCAGCACAACAACGACAGAACCAAAGGCAGAUUUCACAGAGAACAGUUACAGCCAGUGUUCACCCUGCUGGUCAGAUGAACAGCCGUCACCUCCGCAGCUCCACUGCGCCGAAACCUGCCUUCAUUCCCAUCCCGGACUCUCCCUCCCCCUCAGCAAUGGUUUAGCUCAUAGUCUUCUCCACACCAACAAUGGCAGCGCUCUCCACAGCCACCAGAGGAGGGGAACCCGGGUCAAGGUCAUAGGAAAGAAAUCCACCCGAAGAAUGUUAGGAGGGGAAAACUCCCAAAACAGGAAAGUUACUGACUUCUAUCCAGUAAGACGAAGCUCAAGAAAAAGUAAAACAGAGCUCAAGUGUGAACAAAAGAAGCUCAUAGAUGAUCUCAUCACAAAUGGAAUAGAGGAAGGAAUGGAGGUGCAGCAUAUAGAAGGAAAGGGGAGAGCGGUGUUUGCCACUCGGUGUUUCCAGAAAGGCGAUUAUGUGGUGGAAUAUCACGGAGACCUGCUGCAGAUCACUGAUGCUAAAAAGAGAGAAGCUGAAUAUGCUCAAAAUCCUGCAACCGGCUGCUACAUGUACUACUUCCAGUACCUCUGCAAAACAUACUGUGUGGAUGCUACAAAAGAGACUGGUCGAAUGGGUCGGCUGAUAAAUCACAGUAAAAAUGGGAACUGCCAAACCAAACUCCACGACAUCAACGGUGUCCCUCACCUCAUUCUCAUCGCCUCUCGAAACAUUGACAAAGGCGAGGAGCUGCUUUAUGACUAUGGAGACCGCAGCAAAGCCUCCAUCGCUGCUCACCCCUGGCUCAAAUAUUGAUUGAGAGAUCCACAGAAAAAAAAAAAAGUCAAGGGAAACUUACAGUAAUGCUUGUGGUUCUUAUUAGCUAGUGUACAAAAGGCCUUAGAAACAGAAUGUGUGCCCUUUUUUUGUUCCAAUAAUGAGGAAG